UGUCAUCGCCAGACAGGUGGGAGCUCCGGUUAGACGAGCUAUCCUGUCGGCAGAAUACAAAGACAAACCAUCCGGCCGGGGAUAGUCUAUUGAAUAGAAUAUAGAAUAUGGACACAAUACGGUGUAUUUUGUUCGGGUGAAUCUAUGAAGGCAGCCAUGACAUGGGAUUUAUUGUGACAAAUGUCUUCAGACAAAGCGAGAAACUCAAGAGAACCUGCGCAGUCAUAGUUUGACUUUAAUGGGAGCUGUGACCUAAGCAGAUAUGGCAGCUGAUGACAAGGUUGUUAUCCUGACAGACGACGAAGUGGCUGAUGCGUUCAACACGUUGACACUUCAGCAGAGGGGCGUUUCGACCCCGCCCUCUGCUGCCACCUCGCCUGAGUCGACGGUGACCUCCCCGCCGGACUCCCUCAAAUGCUGCGAGAGGAUGUGCCUUCAAGUCAACACUCAUCUCCUCAUCUCGAAAGUCUUCUACUUCUUCUUCUACGCCGCGUACGGCUCACUGCACCCGCUGCUGUCGGUCUACUACAAGCAGCUGGGCAUGUCCGCCAGCCGCAGCGGCCUCCUGGUCGGCAUCCGUUACUUCAUAGAAUUCUGCAGUGCGCCCUUCUGGGGUGUGGUGGCGGACCGCUUCAAGAAGGGGAAGGCGGUGCUGCUGUUCUCUGUUUUCUGUUGGUUGGUGUUCAACUGUGGCAUCGGCUUCGUGAAGCCGGCUGAUAUGAAAUGCGUGGAGUUGGGAGCUGAGGUGACAGUGGCGCCCACCGCAGCCACGCCGGGAAACUUCACGCAGGAGAGCAACUCCACCAGCCGGGUUGGCCGCAGCUUCAUGGAUCUUCAGUGGCUCCCAUCCGUAUCCCAGCGAAGCGUCAAUGACUCCUCGGCCACUACCCCCACCACCACAACCCCCUUCCCUGCUCCAACCGGCACCAAGGAGUACCAGAUAAUCUACGACAACACCCAAGUGGAGAACAUUUUCCUGAUUAUCCUGCUCGUCAUCAUCGUUGGGGAGUUCUUCAGCGCUCCCGCCGUCACUAUUGUGGACACGGUCACGCUGCAGUACCUGGGCAAGGCCCGCGAUCGCUACGGGCUGCAGAGGAUGUGGGGCUCUCUGGGGUGGGGGCUCACCAUGCUGCUGGUGGGCAUCUGGAUCGACCACACGCACAUCACCGUCACCAUCGACGGCGUUGGCUGCGUCAUACCUGCCUUCCGCCUCCGCAACUACCAGAUUGCUUUCAUCGUCUUCGGCGUGCUGAUGGGCGCAGCCUUUGUCGUCGCCACGCAGUUCUACUUUGAAAAAGGCGGUGACUAUGUUCAAGACAUUCCAGAGGGGGCGGCAGAGGAGACGCCCGCGGCCGACCCGACCGCCAUCGCCACCACCGCUGAUCAGGAGUUCCACUACAGCGAUCUCCUGAAGCUGCUGUGCAGCGUGCGCUACAGUUCGGUUCUCUUCGUGGCCUGGUUCAUGGGUUUCGGCUACGGCUUUGUCUUCAGCUUCCUGUACUGGCACCUAGAGGACCUGCAUGGCACAUACACGCUGUUUGGCGUCUGCUCCGUGCUGAGUCACGUCUCGGAGCUUGCCGCCUACUUCACCAGCCACAAGUUCAUUGAGCUGGUGGGACACAUCAGGGUGCUCUACAUCGGCCUGGCCUGCAACACAGCACGCUACCUCUACAUCUCAUACCUGCACAACGCCUGGACGGUGCUGCCCAUGGAGGUCCUUCAAGGUGUGACUCACGCCUCUGUUUGGGCAGCUUGUAUCUCUUUCUUGAGCGCCGCUGUCCCACCCGCUCUAAGGACAUCGGCGCAGGGCAUCCUCCAGGGACUUCACCUCGGGCUGGGCCGUGGUUGUGGGGCCAUGGUGGGGGGGCUGCUGGUUGGUUACUUUGGCGCUGCAACAACAUUCCGAGGGGUCGGCAUGGCCUCAUUGAUCAUACUCCUCAUCUUCACUCUCAUCCAGUGUCUGACAGACGAAACAGGUGGCAAGGAGGACAAAAUGCUGGCGGAGAACAUCCCAGUCCCCUCCAGCCCCGUCCCCAUUGCCACCAUUGACUUGGUCGAGAGUCAGGGCACCAGGAGCAGCGCCGCUCUCAACCACCAAAGCGCCCCCGCCCCUGUGAAGAAGACCAAGUACCAAGAGGAGCAGGAGGAUGUAGCCCGGCCAGCCUGGGUGCUCUCCGGCGCCCCCUGGGUCACCAUCGCCUUCGCUGUUGUCCAGAUUAAAGAGAUGCUGACCGUGGCGAAGAGUAGUCAGCGGCCCCUACAGGUGAGCCAGGUUCCUAAUGAUCAACCGGUGGAGGCGGCACACGGAAACCACAGCGACGCCGACGCUACGCCCAACACCGGACUGCCGACUCAACCGGGCCCCGCCUGCACAACGUUUACAAACUGUAACAAAGACCAGACCCAGGCGGAGUCCGAUGAAGGCGGAGCCAAAGUAGCGCCAAAGAUACUUGUCGACUGAGCGGUCUGCACACUUGAAUACUUCCUGUCGCAGCUGUCGACACUUCAUGACUGUUAAGCAAGUGCCUCUCGAGUGAAGUGUUCCCGCUGUUUUAUUUUUUAAGGUUAAUUUAAGAGUUAAGUCUAUUUUUGUGGUUUCUGAACUGAAUGUUUUAUGUACUUUGAUAUGUACUGAAGUCAGUUUCCUGUUAGCUUGACUUAAGAUGCUUCGACGUACCUCUUCCACGGACCACCAGUGUAACGCUGUAAUUCUCAGAACAGUAUUUCAAAUAAAUUCAUCACAAAUUUA